GACAUUUUUUAUCGAACUACUAAGCCAUUCUUAAUAUUCAACUAAUAGAUCAUUAAUUUCUUAUCAUAUUAUGUGUGACAAAAAGCAAGGAUACAUUAAAUUGCUAUGCUGGUUAAAAAAUCCAUUUUCCUGAAAAACAAACAUUUCCAAUCUUGAAACAACAAGGAAAGCUUGAAUGGAUAGCAAUUGUCGAGAAAUCUGUUGAAACAUCAAAUAAAUAUUUUUGUGUCUCAAGUUAUUCAAAGCUUUGAUCGUUUUGAACAUUUUACUAUUUAUAUUGUGAUAUUUGAAAUGCGCAAAAUUAAUUUAACUGUUGGUGCUUUUACGGUGCCAUUCGCUCAAGGAUUUGAUGAAGAAGAUGGUGAAAUUGUUCCUCAUUUGAAGGCUUUGAAAGGGUUUGCAGCUAUGCUCACUUCUUAUGGUCCUUACAAUGUGAAAUUCAUUCUACCCGAUAGUGGACAAUUGGGUGCGCUGACAGAAUCUGGUUAUGAUGAUGGAGUUUUGGGUUUGAUGCAAGAAGGGAAGGCUGAUAUGUGCUUCCUGCCAUUACCGUUGGAUACCCAAAAGGCUCCUGGUCAUUUCACUUCAGUUAUAUCUGAGCAACUAUUUUAUGUCAGCACAGUACGAAAUUUAGAUGAUAAUACUUCAACAGUUGUGUCAAGUCUAACAUCAAUCAGCGUGAUUCCUGUAUUACUGGCCAUUCUGUCCAUAUUAAUAUUGGAAUUGAUUGCUGUUAAUCGCUUCAAAAUUGAAGCAUUGCUUACAGCCAUUUACAAAUCUUUUGGCAUAUCAUUGCACCAACAUUUUACUCAACGUUCAUCAUUGCUUUGCUUUAUUCAAAUGAUCAUCUUGAUGUUUCCUUUUUUCAUUUUUAAUGCUUCAUUCAACACUCAAACAAUUGUCGGAAACAGAGACUACAAGAUUGAUACAUUGAAAGAUGCCAUGAAUAAGGGUAAAAUACCGUUUUUCAUUGAAGGCAUUUCAAAGUAUGACUUUUUUAAAGCCCAAGUUACCAAAGAUUAUGCUGAUGUUUAUGAACGCAGUGUCGCCGCCGGACUAGAUGAACCCUUUCCACUAGGACCUAUUCCUGUGUUUGAAAGAAGGGACAAGAUGGUAACCUUCGUCUCUGGUAUCGGUAAAAAGUUAACUCCAUUAUUAGCUGCUGCAUCUUUACGUAAAAAUAACCAAGAACAGUAUUUCUCAGUCAAACCUUUUCAUAGAUCAUUACAAUCUAUGCUUUUUGGCUAUACGGCCGAUUCCGCCAGAAUAAGAUGGAAUACUCUGGCUCAUCGUUUGAUCCAAGGUGGGAUUUCUUCAAAAAUAGAAAGCGAUGUUUUCGUUGGUUUCAUUCUUUCCUUUUAUCCUGCAAGUUUAUAUGACUUUCACAAAUCAGAGGAUUCUCGAAAUGCGGCUGAUCUAAGUUGGAAAUCAUUGAAUUACAGAGGACUUCAUGAUAUAUUUCAUUCAUAUCUUCUAAUUUUGUUUAUGAUAUUAAUUUUGCAUUUUUUUGAAAUAGCCAUUUGGUUUUUGAUUGCUAUAAUUCGCAAAUAAAAUAAAGUUCGGGUGACUUACAGUUACUUCAAUCGAUUCAGUAGUUUUAUAAAAUUGCAUAAACAAAUGAAUUUCAAAGCUUAAUAUUUUAAGGUGAAAAUAAAUGAUGAAGAGGGACAUGAUGAGAAUUAAUUAGCCACUGGAUGAUGGAGAGGAAGAUCAUGAUCAAUUAGUUAUUAGUGUUUAUGUAAUGAAUUGAAGCUAUGACGGACUGAGAGAAGCAAGAAUCAGCGUAAACGAUUAAGUGAUAUAAUACACUGCUCGUCAAAAGUAUAAGGCCACUUGACUUUUCUUUAUAAUUUGAAAUUAGGGGUAGAAACAUGAACCUUAUCGAAUCAACUUUAUAUAGGUGAUAGAA